AUGAAUUUGUUCGCAGGAAAUCGUCUAUUUGCUUCGUUCAAGCGAACUAUCGACUGCCAUUGGGGCCUUUGUACGGCACCUGUAAGGGCGCUUUGUGGCCCUCCCGAAGAUGUGGUGGCGCAGGAGAUCCUCAACCCGAAGUCGAAAGAUGCUCAUGCAGCAGCAGUAGUGAACCCGACAUUACCAUUAAAGUCAUUGGACUCGCCUCCUACGCCCAGCCUACCGUCGCCUGUGGCUCCUCAUAACACUGUAGCGUCUUUCUCCGGAGGUGGAACAUUUGAUUCUGGUGGCUUGGACCUUCCUUAUGGAGUUUUGAUAAUUCCGAAUGAGCGACUUUUGCCAUCUUCAGCCCCAGCAUGCACGAUGAUUCGAGUGAGGCUCGCUAAGAGGAUUCCGAAUGAUAAGUUUGGCUUUGUGCAUCAACCAGUGUUUGGUGAUGAGGAGGAGGAGGAGCUCACUUGCCUCGAGAUCGUCACUAUUGUGGAGGGACAGUUGUUGGAUAAAUGGAAUAAAACCCAGGCGGAGGGGACUAGGGUAACGGAAGGCUCUUACAUCACUGCGGUCAACGGCGUGAAGUUGAAUUCGGAAAAGAUGAGAGCUGAGUUGAAGCAUGACAGUGUCGACAUGGAGGUCCAUUCAUACGGUCUACCAUCACUACAGACUUGGGAGUACAGCCCAGAGUUCGGCCUGAGAUCAUACGUCUACACCUACGUGUAUGCUACUGUGGCCUGGCUCUUCUCCAGUAUCAUCCCUGGUGUUACCAAACCUAUGGUCUUCUACGCUGUACGAGCGUGUAACGCGUCCUUCUGUGCACUAUGCGAAUACUUUUUUUCCAAGAUGAUAUCGUCCUUGUGGGGUACUCCUACUGCGGCUAUCUACCUCUAUCUGAGCGCGGCGCUCCCUGGCUUAUACGAAAGAGGAUUAUCCUACACCCUCACGAGAGGCGCCAUAGGCUUGCUUAUCGUCUGUGGCACCAUAAUUGCUGUGGACUAUCACUUCUACGGCAGAGUCGUAUUCGCACCGUUGAAUAUUGCUAUGUACAACUUUGGUUUUUCUGUCGACAAUCUUUCCCAACUAUACGGUGUUGAACCCUGGUAUUAUUACAUCUUCAAUGGUGUCCUCAAUUUCAACAUCUGUCUGCCUCUAGCCUUUAUAUCUAUUCUAUACUUCACUGGUCACAAGCUCGGUUCAUGGUUGCCUAUAGGCUUCCCCAUGAUGCUAUGGUUCGGUACAAUGUCGAAGUUAGCGCAUAAGGAAGAGCGCUUUCUUUACCCUAUCUACCCGUGUAUUGCGGCAUGUUCCGCUGCUGUUUUGGUGAAGACAUAUCCAACUUAUACGUCGAAGAAAGCCCCAACGCAAACAACCAAGUUACGGCGAUAUGCAGUUAAGUCUGCGCUAGCAGUCAUCGUCCUCCUCUCGGCUAGUCGUAUAGCAGCUCUACGGCUCUACUAUGGCGCGCCGGCUAAGGUGUGGGAAAAGAGUUAUAAUAUUAUUCAAAGUCGUCCUGAGGCAGUGGUGUGUAUGGGAGAUGAUUGGUAUCGCUCAUAUUCCCACUUCUUUAUGCCACCAGGAGCUAGACUGGAAUUCACCAAGGCUGGUUUCCACGGCCAACUGCCGAGACACUAUACUUCAACUUCUGAGGUGCACCCACAAUUCAACGCCGUGAAUCAAGAGGAGCCGUCGACCUAUCGAGAUGAGGCUGUUUGUGGCAAGUCCAUAGGCGCUGAAGCGAGUGACCGAAUACACAGUGCUGGUGCCUCUGCUAUGGCUCCUGACGACACAUUCUCUAUCGAGAAGGCGUUCGAGACUCGCAUCGAUGCACAUCAGCUCGUGAAGGAUCAGAUUUAG